AUGAUAGAGCAACCAAUGAAUGACCAAAAAGAUAAUGCUCAAACCAUUGAGUCCGCAGAAGCACAAGAGCCACCAGUGAUUACACAAACAAAAGAUGUACAAACCACUACACUACCAGUGAAGGACAAGGAAAAGGAGAAAGAUGAAGAGAAAAUAGAGGAGAAUGUAGAAAAGAAGGAAUUGGAGAAGGAUGUAGAGAUGCAUAAGGAAGAAGAAAAGGAGGAAGAGAAGCAAGUACGGAAAGUGAACUCCCGAUCAUUAACAUCAAAGAAGACAAUCGAUGAUGAUGAGGAUGAUGACACUAUAUCCAUUGAAGGACCAAUCAAUAUGGAUAUGAUGAGUCCUACUAAGCUAAUGGAGAUUGCAUCUGCCAUGCAAUAUAAGGAACACAAGAAAAUUAUGAAAGCUCAGAGGAAAGAGGCACAAACCAUAUAG